GGUAACUUACAAUGACAAAGUGAAAAUAUUUUUUGAAAUGUCAGACCUAAAAGAUGAUGUUAAGGUUGAGCAUCCACAGAAAAAUUUAAAUGAAGUUUCUAGUGACCAUACAGAUGAUACUAAUAAUGCUACCAAAGAAGAUGUGAAAACAGAUAGUAAGGGAGAUAAUUCUACAGAAGAUCAAGGAAAUUCAGAUUUAGCAAUAAAUCCAGAAACAUUAGAAAAAUUAACUUUAGGAUUCCUGUCCCAUUGUUUACCUGAUUUACAAAGAGCAAAAGGAUCAUUAACUGAAAUAUUAAACAGUCAGAACAUUUUACAUGAAACAGCACAAAAUGAAAACAGUAAAUUUAAGAUCAAUGAAGAUGUAGAACAAACUAUGGCCAAAGUUAAGCUUUACCAUGCCAAGUUGUUGUAUUUGAAGAGAGAAAUGAAUAACCUAGGAGAGAAAUCAUUUAAGCUCAAGAAAAGAGGAAUAAAACUUCAGCAACAGAAAAUUAAAGAGGAAUUACAGAAACAAGAACAAGAAGAGAAAGAAAAAAUGAGGGAGGAAAUGUUAACAGCUAAAAUUGCUAAGAAACGAUCAUCUAGCCAAUCAGAGAAGAGCUAGUAUCAUUCAAAAAUAGAACUUUAUUACUGUUUUAUUUGCAACUUCCAUACCAAGUCAUUUAUGUGCUUACCAAUGUAAAAAAUAUUAAUUAAUGUAAUAAUAGUUAUUUGUUGAUGUUAAAACAAUUCAGUAGCGGAUCCAGGGGGGGUCCUGGGGUUGGAACCCCCCCCUUUUUUUUGACAAUCUACAUUUGAAUGGGGACAUAUAGUUGGAACCCUCCCCUUUAUCCUGGAUUGGGAACCCCCUUUUAAAAACGGCUGGAUCCGCCCCUGCAAUUUCUGUGUGGCUGGAGGAAACUGGUUAUAUCAUGUGUGUUAUUUUACUUAUCAUCCUUUAUGCAAUUAUAAAAGAGGGCGGAUUAAGAUUAAUAAUGACGUGCUGAUAAUCAGUAUUCUCUAAUUCUUCGUCAAUUUAUUCCUUUCUGCACCCAUUGUAUAAAAAAAUUUAAUCAACGUGUGGUUCGUUUGAUCUCAGUUCUUCAUUGGUUAAAAUCCGAUUAUGACGUCGAAUUUUCUUGCUUUCCUCUGAAUUUCCUAUUGUGACGGCAUGAAAAAAGGUGACCAUGCCUGAUGACGUCACAUAGAAAGAACACAUCUUUUUGCAGAUCAUUCAAAAAGGAGGAAUAAGUUUGCCUGCAUAUUGUUUGAAAAUCAUUAGAGAAACAGAUUCCACCACCAAAUCUCGUGUAAUACGAUAUUUAUCCACUCUCGACAGUUAAAUUUUAAAUUUGAAAAUUUAACUGUCUCGAGUGGAUAAAUAUUGUAUCACACUCGAUGCAGUGGUAGAAUCUAUAUUUAUCUGAAACUUCAAAAAUAGUAAAAGUAGUAAACUAUUCUUUAUACUAUGAUAUUUUUGCAUUUACAUCUACAAAGUUUUGGUAAUUUGUAAGAAUCCGAAUACUCAAUAUAAUAAUUCUAUGUAUAAUGUAAUCUUUAUAUUACUGACUAAUACAUGUAUUAUCAAUUAAAAAUAGGUUUUCUUGCUGCUCAUUUGGUUUGAUAAUAUAAUGCAUAAACCUUAAGGAAAUAUGGUAAAGUGUCCUCACAACUCAUUUGAAUUUUUCAACUUGAAAUAAACUUGUUAAAUUUUCAAUUAUUAUUACAUAAAGUAACAGCAGAGACAUAUAAUACAUGUAUUAUAUGUCUCUGGUAACAGUGUGCUGUACACCCUCAAUUUUCUUUUAUAUUUAUUUAACUUGUUUUUAUUAAAACUAAACUAAAGCUAAUCAUUUUAAAGUCUUAGAAAUAAUAAAGCUCUCAUUUUGCAUUUAAAACAAAAGAAAUUUAAAGACUUAAACAAUUAAUUUAAUAUUCAUUCUUUAAAUGUUAAAAUUGAACAUUAUGUGGCAUUUCUAGUUGUUGCAUGAUAUCAUAUAUAUGUUGUUAGUUAUAUUUAAAGUGCAAUAUGUAUAAUAAAUUAUUAUGAUGCUG